CGUAGCCGUUUCAAUGAACAUGCUACAGUUGGAUGUUAACCAGUGCCCGGAUAAUUAUUAUGAGCCGAAUGCAUUCAAAAACACUCAUAAAUGCGACGUGAAGUCUUCAUAUUGCGUACCAAUCCUGGGCCGUGGCUACGAGACGGGCGGCUAUAAGUGUGAAUGUCUGCAGGGAUUCGAGUAUCCGUACGAAGAUUUGAUCACCUAUUACGACGGCCAGUUGGUGGAGGCUGAGUUUGAUAAUAUCGUGCAAGAUAAAGAGUCGCGUUAUGACACGUUCAAGUGCCGUCUGGCUGGAGCUGCUGCGCUGCAAGUAGAGCUUACGAUACUGGUCUUUGUGACACUGUUCGGUUGGAUAAUGCUGCGCAGGAACCAGUGCUAGCAGUAGAGUUUGUUCAUGCCACGCACACGAUUUGUGGCUUCAUUCCAGACAAAUCUCUUUUAUGUAUCAAUCAUAUGACCUUGUAGGAUAUCCCGUUCGCAAAUGAAUCUCCGACAUUAGACCAUAGAAACGAUACUUUUAAUACGAUACUGUUAAGUGCUAAAACGCCGUCCAAUCAAAAACCGUGUUCUUAAUUCUGCCGUCCAACAAUAAUACCUUAAGUAACUUGAUAUGCAAAAUGUGCUAGGAAAAAGAGGAUAGUGAAUCUGUCUAUUGUUGCAAUUAACUUCUGUACGGAAGUUUCCGAUUGACUGGAAACCAUUUGAAUUAAUAAAAGCAGCAUUUUUUUUAAAACGA